AUGGAAGUCCCCAAGCCUGACCCUCCAGUUGUGGGUAAAGUAACCCAUCACAGUAUUGAACUUUAUUGGAAUAUGCAGCACCAAUUGCAAGGAUAUGGAGCAUCCAACUGAGGGCUAUGUUUUUCAAUUGAAGAGGGACAUAUGUAUGGCAACAUAUACAUAGGGUAUGGUAAGCAGCAUGUUAUGACUGGCCGCACUCCAUAUAGAUUUCGACUAAAAGUCAUUAGUCCUACAGGAUGUUAUGCCUACAGUCCAAUUGUGACUGUUUCUACCACACGGGAACCAGUGAACGGAAAACAUCUGCACCAUGCUAUAAUUAAUAAUGAUGCAGAGGGAGUACGCCACAUAUUGCAGUCAGGAAAUGUGAAGGUGGAUAUUCUUGAUCCACUUAUUUUAGCUGCUCAGGAAGGAUACCAAAGGAUGGUGGAAAUUCUGAUAAAAUUUGGUGCUGAGGCUAAUCAGAAGAAUGGCAGAGGUAAAAACAGCUUAAUGCUAGCCUGUUUUGCUGGGCACCUGGAUGUUGUUAAAUGUCUUCGGAGAUUUGGAGCUACAUGGGAAUCCUGAGACAAUGGGAGUUCAUCUGCCAUGCACUGGGCUACAGAUGGGGAACACCUCAAUGUGAUUGAGUGGAUGAUUAAAGAUGGUUGCAAGGUUGCUUCUGUUUUAAUUAAAGCAGGUGCAAAUGUGAAUAUCCAAGAUAAGAUGGGAAAAACACCACUAAUGGUUGCAGUGCUCAACUGCCAUGAUAACCUGGUCCAACUGCUGCUGAAAAAUGGGGCUGAUCCUUCUGUAACAAAUGAGUAUGGCACAAGUAUCCUAGAAAUGUCCAAGCCUUUAAGCACAGAGAACGUGAUCAGUCUUCCUGAAGAGUACGGAAGAUGA